UCUCCAUUUGUCAAUGAGCAAGUGCGCCUAAAGUUGCAUUUGGUUUUAAAAAGCGCUACACUUAGCACGGUAAAACCCACGCUACAAAAGAACGUCGUUUACUAUAUAUAAACACUGUCAAAUUUCACUUAGUCACUUUCUCCGGCUUCCUGUCUGGUGUCUUAGGGGGAUUUUAAACUCCAGGCAACACAAGGGGGCUCGUUGCUUGAAGCAGGAAAGUGAAAGUAUGUUGCAGAACAAGACAAGGCGGCUGAAAGGCGAAGUAUUGUGUCAUAUGGAGCUGAACUCUGAUGGUUAACAAGACACCGUAAUGAUUGGGAAAGUGUGGAUUUUCAUCACUGCAUUUUCAUUCAUCACAUAUGUUCAUUAUGCCCAGCCUGCAUGUAUGCCGAAUGACCUAAAGACGCAUCUGGAUGACUGUUUGUUGGAAGAACACUUGUUUCAAAUGAAAGUAUUCUCAUCUGAAACAAAGGAACACGAGCUUUUAUCCAUAAUAAACACUCUGUGUUCAACCUGGACGAAAAACAGGGAAAAAGAUAUAAAAAAAAUAAGAGUAGUAGAAACUUUUGAAAUCAUGCUGAAUAAUUUUUCAGAAAAUGUUGAUCAGUUGUGUGUGGAUCUCAAUUGCACAGAUGCUUACACAGUAAGCACUGUUAACACAACUGUAUUUGGUGACAUGUAUAGAAGGUCUUGCAGUGGACCAGUAUCAGAUCUGAAAUGUCCAUCCAAAGGUACAACAACGAUCAGGCCAAAAGUUGUUGAAAGCACAACAUUUUUUACAACGGUCAAUUCAGUCACCACAGCUCAUAAAAGUAAGCAAAGCACAACAUCUUUAACAGCAGUCAGCCCAAACAUCACAGCUCCUGAAAAUUUGACAACAAAUUCAUCAGAACCUACAGAAAGCAUGAUUCAAGCAUUAAAAGAUGGCAAUCAUAAUCUCUGGAGUAUCAUUCAAAUGUUUUUUGGAGCUCUCACUUUCUCUCUACUGCUGAAUGUUGCUCUAUUCCUGUUGGUGUUAAAGUACCGUAAGAAAUGCCAGAACCUGCAGUAAACGGACAUUUUACUGCUUUGUGUUUGAAAACAGCCUGCCUUCUUGUUUCAGAUGAUUGUCUGUAAUUGUUUUUCUCCAUUUUCUAUAGUCAUCUGCAUGGCACCGAACUGUCUUUGAAUUUGUGGCUGACAUCACAACAAGUACAAGUUUAUAUAGUACUCAAAACACGUCCACACAGCCUGUGCAUGUUUCCAUUUCUGAAUGUGAUUGUCCUGAAUGUACAUCCGUAACUGUUAUCCUUAAUCUAAUAAGUACCUCUGCUCAUGGUUUUUGAAGUUCCCAUUUGUAAGAUGCUUUAGAUAAAAGUGUAUGCUAAAUAAUUGAAUGCAAAUGUAAAUAACCCAAUGUGCACUAUGAUGAUCCUGUUAGUUAUGAUAUGGAUUAAAUUAUCUAUACCCUUCAGUGAUCAGGCCUUGAAUGGUUGUGCCAGAGUUUCUUUUGAAAGGAACGAGGGCUAGGAAAAGUAUUUACAGUUAAGCUAUUGCUAUAAUACAACUAUUAUAUCCUGACUUUUUACCAGUUUUUUGUUAUUUUAUUGUUUAUUUUAUGCAAUAUGUUUAUAUUUUGCUAUGUUUGUGUGUAAGAGGGUACAAUGAGCAUUUAUGUGUGGCAUUCUGGGUAUCUCAGAAUGUUUAUUGUAUUUUAUUGAUUUUUUAUUGAUGCUUCUGUGUGUGUAAAAGUGGCUCUGGCAAGUGCAAAAUGCACACAAGAAAUAUGAUGUGUAUAUUGUACCUCAUUUAAUGGCACUAAAAAGUUCUCAUUAAAAAUACGAAUGACAUUUA